GGAGGAGGAGGGAGGAGGUGACGAGCGAGCGGCUGCGUUUCAGACUCAGCGAGAGGAUCAUGGCGGAUGGCCCCAGGUGUAAGCGCAGAAAACAGGCCAACCCGAAGAGGAGCAGCGUGACAGACUUCAACAAUGGCUUGGAGGCCAGUUCGGACUCGGACGACGAGGACAAGCUACACAUCGUGGAGGAGGAGAGCCUGCAGGAGCCGGAGGCCGCCGCUGCUGCCGCCGCCACCACCACCACCGCCACCGCCGCCAUCAAGGUGGAGGUGACCACGCCACAGGACAGCCAUGACGCCACCGCAACAGUAUUACCCCCCAACGGCUCCUGGAAAGAAGUGAAGGAGGAGUAUGUGUCCGAGGAGGAGGAAGAGGAGGCAGCGAAGGAUGCACUAGUGGAGGAGAUCCUCCAGCAGGGAGACACAGCCGUCAUCUAUCCUGAAGCCCCCGAUGACGAGCAGAGUCCGGUGGAGACAGGAGGCGCCGAUGAGAACGGCACCCCCAACUCCUUCUCCGCGUUGCACACUUGCCCGUACUGCUCCCGGGGCUACAAGCGCAACGCCUCGCUGAAGGAGCACAUCAAGUAUCGCCACGAGACCAGCGAGGACAACUACAGCUGCUCCCACUGCAGCUACACCUUCACCUACCGCUCGCAGCUGGAGCGGCACAUGAGCCACCACCGAGGCACCAGGGAUCAUCGUCACGUUACCCAGUGUGUCGGAGGAACAGGUGGUCCACGCAAGUUCAAGUGCACCGAAUGCUCCAAGGCCUUCAAGUACAAGCACCACCUGAAGGAGCAUCUGCGCAUUCACAGCGGUGAGAAACCCUACGAAUGCUCAAACUGCAAGAAGCGCUUCUCCCACUCCGGCUCCUACAGCUCCCACAUCAGCAGUAAGAAGUGUGUUGGCUCCGCCCUCGGGUUCCCCAAUGGCGCCACCAGGACGUUGAUCAAACCCGCCCCCCCCACCGCCCAGACCACACCCGUUGUGAUCGCCCCGGCCCGCAUCAUCCUGAAAGAGAAGACCGAGAGCAAACCCCUCCAGGAGCAGCUGCCCAUCACCCAGAUCAAGUCCGAACCCGUGGAGUACUCGUGUAAGCCCGUGAUGGCGGCGCCGGCCACUUCCACCAACGGCGUGGUGAACGGGGGGGUCUCCGGGACGGCCGCGGCCCCGGCUACAUCCAUUCCUCAGGGUAUGGCCAUGGUGGUGCCGACGGUGGGCCUGAUGUCGCCCAUCAGCAUCAACCUGAGCGAUCUGCAGAACGUCCUCAAGGUGGCGCUGGACGGCAACGUGCUGCGUCAGGUGCUGGGCACGGCCAACGGGGUGGUGACGCAGGGGAAGCACGGAAUUGUGCUCCAGCAGUCGCAGCAGCAGAUCAUCAGCCUGCCGGCGUUUGUGGAUCACGACGGCAACACAAAGAUCAUCAUAAACUACAGCAUCACCCCGGCACCCGGCACCACCGCCGCCACCACCCAGCCGUUUGUAAUCAAGAACAAUCCCCCUCUCACUGUGACUAGCAUCGCCGCGGCCCCCUCCCCCUCCAUCACCGGUAAGGCCUCCACCCCCGAGGCGGCCGAUCUCUCACUCGUGAAGACGGAGCCGGAGGAUUCGGUGCCCGUCUCAGGCGAGGCGGCCUCACGGACAGAUGUGGACAAUUUAGAAACUUCAGACUUUGCUCAGUUGCCAAAAGCCAACGGCACCAGUUCAUGUUUACUAUGUGAGGAGUGUCCCGACAACCUGGAGGCGCUGCACCUCCUCCAGCACCGCAAGGCCGCCAACGGGGAGGCGGUGGACUCGGCCGCCCUGGACCCCUCGUUCGCCGCCCUGCUGAACGAGGCGGGGGUGACGCUGGAGGAGCCGCCCGUGGAGGACAUCGUGUCCCUGCUCAAGACCUACUUCGCCUCGAACGCCAACCCCAGAGACCGGGAGCUGACCAAGAUCUCAGAGGACGUGGAUGUUCCCCUGGACGUGGUCAGGAAGUGGUUUGCCAAAAUGAAAAAACUGGGCAAAAGCUGCGGUAACACUAAAGCAGCGGUUUCCAAACGGGCUCGGACCAGAAGCUCCAUCUCAGCAGACACUAGGAACCAGAAUGGAGAGGGAGAGACGCAUUCUAGAAGCACUUCUCCUUCAGACUCCACCUCACACAGCCUCAGCAGCGGGGGCCUGGUCAUCGUUAAGAGCGAACCAGAGGACCCCGAGUACCCGGACUCUCAGGCGCAGCCCCUGGACCUGUCGCUUCCCAAACACAUCGAGGCGGCAGCAGCAGCCGGGAAAAUCACCAUCAUCAAGCCUCCGACCAAACAGGAGCAGCCGCUGAACCUGACCUGCCUGAGGAAGGAGCAGCUCGCCGGCCGCACCAUCUACGUCACCACGGCUCAGAGCGGGAACCCGGUGAACAUCAUGUCCGCGGCUCAGCUGCCCACGCUGGUGGCCAUCGCCGGUCAGAGCACGGUGCGGUGUAUCAGUGCCAUCAACACCACGACCAAGAGAACCAUCCUCAUCCCCCAGCUCACCUACACCUACGCCACUACGCCCGGGAGCGCCUCCGGGGCCAAGACCGUCGUGCUCAACGGACACAAGGAGGAGAAACGUCUGGACAGCGGCUCGGACGGCUUGUCCGCGGUGGAGGAGUCCACAGACCUGGAGUCAGCCGGGAAGAAGCGGCGGAUGGAGAACGGCGUGUACCCGUGUGACCUCUGCUCCAAGGUCUUCCAGAAGGGCAGCUCCCUGCUCAGGCACAAAUACGAACACACAGGAAAGCGGCCUCAUGAGUGCACCAUCUGCAAGAAGGCCUUCAAACACAAGCACCACCUGAUCGAGCACACGCGGCUGCACUCGGGGGAGAAACCCUACGAGUGCGACAAGUGCGGCAAACGCUUCUCCCACUCGGGCUCCUACUCCCAGCACAUGAACCACCGCUACUCCUACUGCAAGAAGGACGGCUCCCCCCCCGGCCCCCACCCGCUGCUGGGCAAGGGCCACUCGGAGCUCGGCAGCCCCGGCACCGGGCCGCAGUCGGACAGCCGGACCACCACCCCCCCCUCCCAGCUGGACUCAGACGAGCGGGAGAGCGAGGAGGAGGAGGAGGAGGAGGAGGACGAAGACGACGAGGCCAUGUGCAUGGACGACAUCAGGGUCGUGCAGGUGGACGACGGCGACUGUGAGAUCUACGAGGGGAACUUCGAUGAUGAUGAUGACGAGGAGGAGGAGGAGGUGGCCGAUGAAGAGACUCUUAGGGAGGAGGAGGCGCUGAGACAAAAGGAGAAGGAGUUUGUGUGCGACGUGGUGGAGGUCGAGCUGGGGGACGAAGACAUGGAGGAGGAACAGGAAGCUGCGGGGGGGGAGACGGAGGAGACGGAAGACUGUGAAGCAAAUACGGACAAAAGCAUCAGGGAGGGGUCUGACGGCAUCGAACCCACGGAGGAAGGACAGGUGGUGACAGACGCCAAAUAAAAAAAAAAAAAGGAAGUGACUUCUCUCCGGGACAGACGGAAUGUGUCGAUCAUUGAAGACGAGUGAAGACGAACCCGUGACCUCGCCAUCAGAAGGACAGACUUGGCGGUUGCCUGAUUUUAAAACGGUCCACCACUGUGUACAAAAACCCAGGUGUGCCUGAACUUGAACGAAAAACCUGAAAAAAUUAACAAAACAGUGACUUUUCUUUUCCUUUCUUGUGAAAAUUAACUAUCAGUGUUAAAUUGUUUAUAGAAGUACAGAUUUUAAAAACGCGGAAAAACUCACCCAUCAACUUGUUAGACUUGUUACUGACACAUCCCAGGUUGCUCUGUCUGUCUGUCCGUCUGUCUGUUGUUACUUUGGUCAGUGUUACUAAUCUUGUUCUUGUUUUGAAACGUUUUAACCUGUAAAGAUGAGAAAGAUUUCUAUACCUUUUUAUUGCCAAUGAAGUUUCCUAAAUCAGUAUUUUAUUGAGUUCUACGAACAAAAAACCUGCACUACAGUAUUCCUGGUUUACCUAUGGAUACAUGCCUCAUGCAUUGUAUGCCCUUCAGUGUUAUAUAUGUUCACUAGCUGGCGGGAUGUCCAUCGUGUUAGUGUUAGUCUUUGCUAGCUAGCGUUUCCUUUGUUUUCAGUUUGACUGUUAGCCUUAAGGAAAACAAAGUAUUCUUGGGGGGGAGGGGAGGGGUGGGGAGUCUCCGGGAUGAGAACGUGGCUUCUGAACACCAUAACCAAAUUAGUCCUAUCAGGGAAGGUAGAGUCACAACCUCAACAGCCAGCAUCAGGCACCUGUGUUUCACGACCCGGCGCGGCCCAGGCGGGUGGAGUCCAGGUGAGGACCCCCCCCACCCCCUCCCCACCCGCUCGGCUGUUACCCGUGGUUCCAAAACGCACGAACCCGAGCGUCUCCUUUUUAUUUUUUCGGGCUUCAGUUGUCAGUCAGUGUUAGUGAGUUGUGUGUUGUGUGUCCGUCAGACUGUACGUGAAGGACCAGGACUCUUUCCUGCUCCACCCCAAUGCCUCCAGCCUUAUGCAAGACCUGUGUGCUGUUAAAAGUGCCAUUGAACAGUGUUAUCGUUUCCUCUUCUCACAUGUAGCCAGUGUUAAGUCCCUUUUGUUACUUCAGCAAGACCCAUGUUAACUAAUGUUUGUCGACCUCGCACAGAACAACACAACCUGGUCACUGUCCUUCUUAACAAGUAGCUCCUGUGAAAGUGAUGCAACGUGUGGAGGCCUUGAACACUAUCUGAUCCGCACCUGAAGGGCGGGGACACGUUUUAUGGUGGCAAGUAUUUUUUGUAAUUUUUUUUUUUGUGUUGCUUUAUUAUCGGUGUAGUAUCGGUAUUAUUUUUACUUAUUAACAAUUAAUAGUUUUUGUUUGAAAAUGUGAGGAAAUAGUGGAAAAGUGCACGUUGUUAAAAUCCAAAGAUAUAAACUUUAUAAUGAUAUAAAACAGAAGCGUGGAAUAGGUGGAGGUAAAAAUAACAAAAAGACGAAUCAAUUCAUUAUUAGAACUAGUUUUUCCAAUGCGAGUACAAACCGAAGCAACUGUUUCACUCAGUAGAAAACAGGCAACACACAUUCUCCUAAAGUUGUGUUAGAAUAAAUCAUAAAUCAGUUUUAAUUUUUUUAUUAUUAAGAUCCAUGAAUUAAAGUGAAAACAAUUCCUUUAUUGACAAUAACACAAAAUUGUCAAUAACACCAUAUUUUUGUUAUAUCCAUAUCCCAGUUUCAAGAAGAAAGUUUCAGUACCUCAAUCGCCAAUUAAUCAAUUAUCAAAACAUCUUAUCUGUUAGAUUUGAUAAUGUGUUCAAACCAUUUUAUGUUGUUGUUGCAAAACAGAAUCAAAUAUCUCUAAUUAGUUCAAACUAAAGGAUUUUGAAGCAGAAAUAACAAGUGGGAACUUCAGACCCUGAUAAUCUGAUGUUAAGAAGUUUUUAAUAAUUCAAUUAAACGUUUUGCUAAGAGCUUCAUAAACCGUCAAUGUUGCUGUUGAUGCAGAUUGAAGCAUUCCCCCAAUCGUGCAGGAAGUUCACUCCCCCACGUCGACUCAAACUUUAAGGUUUAAAGUUUUCCUCGUGUGACGUGCACUUGUUCUCAGCAAAGUUUAAGAUGAAGUUGUUUCCGAGCUGCCGCACACUUCAGGUGACAAACGUUAGCGGAUAUGGUGUCAAAGUGUUUUCAUCUGGUUUUACCGAACAGUAUUUUGUUUUGAGUCUGUUUUUAAUUUUUGGUUCAUAUUUCUGUCCAUUCCCCCCCCACCCACUCUCCCACCAAUGGCAGUAUUAGAACCCUUUUCACAGAACUAUACCUGUUUAGUUCCUAGCAGACUUUUUUAAAUAUUUAUGUCUCUUAUUUUUUAUAUUUUCUGUCAUGGUUAUUUAUUACACAUUGUAGUGUACAUUACUGUAGUUUGAAUUGAUACAAUAAUAUAUUUUAGUAUGAAAAAUAAUCUCACGACAAACUAAAAUUCCCCAAAAAAAUGUGGUUCCGGGAGCUGAAGUUUGUUUUAACAAAACCAUUAAAAAAAAAUAACAUACAAUAAAAAAUAACAUGUAUUCUGUAAACAUCUGUUUUAAGCUGAAAAAUGAAAAAAGACAGGAAUGAGAAAUAGAAUCUGUUACAUGUGCAUCCGCUGUCUGCGUCGUUAUGAAGCUACUGAAUCCUUAACCUCUGUGAUUUUAAAAGCAUGAGUCCUCGCUGUUUUAAUGAAGGGUCUUGAUAUGAAGACGUUGCUCCUCACCUUUUUGUUUUGUUUUUAUUUGGAAGCCGAACCUAGACUCACCCCCCCCCCCCCCCCCCGCCCUGUUUUCUGUUCUGUGCCAACUCGCUCCAUCGUCCUGUCGAAGGCUGCAUAUUGUUUGUCCUCUACACGCCCUUUGUAAAUCCACUGUCUCUUUUUUGUAUUGUUUGUACUUUAGUUUUGCUCCAUUUUUAUGACUCCCCAUCACAAUAAAAUAUAAGAAAGCA